GUCCUUCAAACUGACGAAUCCGGAAAUUACAUUUACCCAGCUGUUGGACCAGACGGACAAGUACUUCCAACUGAUGCUACAGGAAAGACAGUAUACCCAGUUCGCGGACCAGAUGGAACUCCACUUCCAACUGAUGCUUCUGGCGCUGUCAUUGGACCAGAUGGAGAACCAAUUCCAACCGAUGCCAGUGGCAAACCACUUUCCCAGGAUGGAUCUCCAUUACCAACUGAUAACCAAGGAAAUUAUGUUCUUGUUCCAACUGGAGAAGAUGUUACCAAAUAUCUUCCAACUGAUGAAUCUGGAAACGUCAUCUAUCCAAUCACUAGACCAGAUGGAACUCCACUCGGAACUGAUGCUUCAGGAAACUUUGUUACCGAUGAUGGUACCGUUGUUGAAAAGGACGACGAAGGAAAACCAGUAGGCCCUGAUGGUGCUGUUCUCCCAACCGAUGCCUCAGGAAAUUACAUCUAUCCAGUUGUUGGACCAGAUGGACAAGUAUUGCCAACUGAUGCUACUGGAAAGACUGUUUAUCCGGUUCGUGGACCUGAUGGAACACCAUUGCCUACUGAUGGCUCUGGAGCGGUCAUUGGACCAGAUGGAGAACCAAUUCCAACGGAUCCAAGCGGAAAACCUUUGUCUAAGGAUGGAUCUCCACUUCCAACUGACGCUUCUGGUAACUACAUUCUUGUUCCAGCAGAAGAAGAAACCACCAAGACUCUUCCAACGGAUUCUGAAGGAAAUGUCAUUUAUCCAAUCACUAAUCCAGAUGGAACACCACUUGGAACUGAUUCUUCGGGUGCUUUCGUCACUCAAGAUGGAACUGUAAUUGAGAAGAAUGAAGAUGGAAAACCAGUCGGACCAGAUGGACAGUUCGUAUACUCGGUUAUUGCAGACAUUUUCUUUCCAUACUUGCAAAAUCAGGGCCCGGUUCUCCAAAUUUCAAAAAAAAAUUGA